GGUUUGUCCGUUCGGUUCGAUCGUUUGAUGGUGGAUAAUCCUUUUUAUGCUGUGCGAUCAGUGAACUGCUUUAAAUAUGAAUGUGAUACGAUUUAAACUUCCGGAAAAUUUCCAUCCCAAAACGAAAGUGUACCGACGAAAGAAGAUAUCUCGCUGUGUUUGGAUUUCGCCGGAUACCCUAUUCACGCUUUGCGAAGUGGUUCUUCGAAAACUACUGCUGCAUGUUGUACCGCGGCAGAAGUUUUGGCCUUUCGUUAUUUCUCUUUUACCGAAUGAAACCGCUCGCAGCAGCGUCUGGCAUCAGGUCGAGUGUCCCUGGGAUUUCAACCGGCCUCAGCACGCCACUGUUAACUACUCCAACCAUUGGAGCCUGCUGUCAACAGCGGCGCAGCACCAACACAAGACACUGUCGAAUAUCCGUGUCGGUUCGUUGGUGCGGAACAAAAUAACCCAGCAGCUGCUGCUAGAUCUGGACUAUUGCAGCAGCAGUGGCAGCGAGUAUCAGCAACACCAGGGAUCCCAGUAUGAGCUUACCAAUCGGGAGCUGUACAGGAUGGGAUUUUCCAGCCCCGAGAAUUCAGCGUGCGAUUGUGGCAAAAACUGUGGUCAGUGCAAACGUAAUCUAGCCCGGACUCGGGAGGAAACGAAGCCAGUGAUUCAACAGUUGGUGAUUCUGGGCCACAGCAAGAUGCAGCCAGCAAGGCGGGGCACCUGGCAAAUGCAAAUUAAUGGCGACAGGUUCGGAGCCGGCUGGAGCCAAGUGAAAAUGUAAUGCAUCACGGAACGGAGUGGAGUGCCAACUUACCUGCACUACUAUUAUCACAGAAUCAUUUUGUAACGGACCGAAGAUGUCCUCGUUCAGGAUCGUCUGCAGCUCGUUGUAGCGGUGUAUCAUGCGAAGAAUCUCGCUGAUGUUUGCCGAUCGUUGGGCGCCCUCAGACACUCCCGCGCUCGUUCCAUUUUGACCUAAAUUGAUGUUGUUUUCAUUGGAAGAAAGAGAAAAAGAGAUAGUGAAUCAGGAUUAGUAAGGAAGUAAAAUAAUUGCACUGGUAGUUAUUGCACAAAUUACGGCUGGAUUAUUUCCUCGUUGCUAACAGAAACACAGUCCAUAUAAUAAAUUGUAGAGGAAUUGAAAGUUAUGCUAUGGGGAAUAGAUUCUCUGAAACUGGUUUUAACAUUGAACAACAUGAAAGUUUUAGAUACAAGAAUUUCAUUAUAUAGAUUAUAAAUUACAGAGGGCGUGUAGCAUAACUUAAAACCCCAUUUCAAAUCCCAUUUUAAACUCCACAAUAAACUCUUUAUUCUGCUUCCCUAUAAGCAAUCAAUUGUUUUAUAUUAAAUGACUCUUGCGCGAGCAAUUCAAUUUUUACUUUUCCCACAAAUCAUUCUUCAAGCAUGACUUCAUCAAUUGCUUUCCCCACAAAUUAUUCAUUAUCCAUAAAAACUAACAUGUAUGCGCUAGCAAAACAUCCAUUCCGUGUCAAACCGAUAUGUGGUUCUCAGAUUUUCGUCAAAAGUGGUAAUUUUGUUCGUUAUCGCAAAACAUUAGAUCCGUAUUUUUUUAUUUUUUUAUCAGGGUGCCCUUUAUCAUUUUAGUGUGGUUCGAAUUUUUUUCCACUUAUUCCCAAAAAUGACUUUUUUCAAAAAUUCAUAACUUUUGAACCACUGAACCGAUUCAGAUGAUUGACAUAUCAAAUUGAAGCCAACGAGCCAAUGAAGCCAAUAGCUUUUUAUUGAAAAAAUAUUGAACUUGCAAAGAAACUGGAUUUUAUUUUCGUUAUUAUUGUUUUAUUCGUUUUUUAUUGUUUUCAUGGCUCUGGAAGGCUAGAAGGCGCUUUUUUAUAUUUUUUAUUGAAUUUGUUUUUUUACAUAACAUAUCUCGAUAUUUUUUCGUUUUUGUAAUAUGAUUUUUCAAAGUUAACCGAUGGUUCGAAAAAUAAUUAUUCCCCUCCACAAAACUUACAACAAAAAUCAUAACAUUUGAACAACUGCACCGAUUCACAUGAUCAACAUAUCAAAUUGAAGCUUAUGAGUUAGUUUUCUUCGGAAAAAUAUUACUUUUGCGAAUUGAAUUUUGGACUCCAAAUCAAAACAAUCCCAAACAGGAAAAGCUCUACGCACUUUAUUUGGAAUUAACUCUAGGGUUUUAAAAUAAGCUCAAUGAUGAUCAUGUUCUGGACUUUCGACGUGAGCGAUCACGUUCGAAUUUGCUUGAGUUUCUGAUCAUGAGUAAUCAUGGCAUUAUAUGUAUAUGGAGUCUUUUAAUAAGAAGUAAAAGUUAAUAAGAAAGGGUUCAUUAUCAAACGAACUCUAUUCCUUCCUAUUUGAAUGCGAUGAACGCAUUUGGCCGAAUUUUCGAAACUUAAAAUUUUUGUAUGUUAACAAUCAUUUUUAGCCACAAAUUAUGAA